ACGAGUGAGAGAGAACGUGUACAGAGUGUUUUUGUUUAUUAAUACAAAUAAAUCGUUUUACCAGCUCACCAGAGUUAUUUUUAAAAGAUUCAUACUAACUGAGAUAUUCUUCUUGAUUUCGAAAAAUUGCAUUUUUAAGUGAAAAAAUUCAGGCGAAUUCAUUGUUUGUAUCUCAUCACGUUCGCAAAUAUAAACUAACGAACAUUUGUCAGAUGUUAACACACGUCGUUCGAAAUCGAUUGUGCAAAUUUUUGUGUAAAUAGUUCUAUUCUUUAGGACUUUUUUUAAAUUCUGGCUCCCUUUUCAAAUAUCGUCAGAUGACCCAAAUCACAUUUACUUUAUUGAUUUAACCGAUAAAAAAUGAUCAAGUCAACAAGACACAUGGUUAUCACAUGAAAGCUGACAAUGAACUCAUAAUCAAGUACAUUAUCGAUGGAUCAAUGUGUAAAACGUAAUCGGAUUUUUUUUCGUUGAUUGUAAUAAGCGCCUGAAAUGAAUUCGUGAAUAUGGGUGAACUCCCACUGUAGUGUGUAUAUGCAUCGAACAUCGCAACAACGGCUGCGUGAUAUAUAUAUAGAUAUAUACGAAAUUUUAAAGAGACAGCCAUAGAGAUAAAGGAGUGCAACGGAAACCAAUCCACAGAGAAUUUGUUAUCAAUAAAAAAAAGAAACAAUAUGCGCCGUUGUGUAUUUGAAGUCUGUUCUGAUUGCAAACGUAUGGAGACUGAUUACAAAACGAUGAAACCAAGUAAAACAGAUCUAUAUUGGCGGUCAAAUAUUUGAUUAUACGGCGUUUUUAUGAACUAUUGAUAGGAAUAUGUUUUCGAUUUUCAUUUUGAAGAUAUGAUAAAAAAAACGUGUGUGUGCGUGAGAGUGUGGAAAUUCCUUAACUGAAUGUGUUUUACUGAAUUAAAUGAUAAUGGUUAAUAUCGAAUACAAUAAAGUACGAAAAACUUUGUGAACAAUUGCGUGUACCGACAUUGGUAUUUUUACAGACUGACGGUUAUUUGAAAUUAAAUGAGUGUACAAAUCACUAUAGAAUUGUAUACACUGUCCGCAUGUGACUAUAUCUCCGUUACAGUUCGGUGAUUUUUUUUUUGCUCAUUUUCCGUUCAUUCGUCUGCGAUUCGAAAAAUCAUCAAUUGAAUUAAAAUAGUAAAUAAUUGUGUGUCGCCGGCUAACUCAUUUCAAUCAUCGAAUUUUAAUUGAAACGAUAGACAAUUCAACACGUUACAAUUAAUGUUUAUAGCCGCCUAUCGUGCGGUAUAGUUUUGUAAAUGCGCACACGCCAGUAUAAAUAUUGAAAUUCGAGUGUGUAUUCAAAAACGUUGAGAGUUGUGUUGUGUGCUUCCUUGAUUCAACAUAUUAUAUAUAUUUAAAUCCACAAGACAGAGAAAAAAGGGAGAAUAAAAAACCAAAAACAAUUCUCAAAACAUAAUAAUAAUAAUAAUAUAAAUAAUAUGGAGUCGGUGGAAUACUCCUUUUUUCAAGAGCAUCCAUUUUUAAUCGAGUUCAUUGCGGGCGGCUGUUGUGGAUUGGCGGUCGAUACAUUUUUGUUUCCCGUUGACACUUGUAAAACGCGACUGCAGAGUGAAAAUGGAUUCUGGAAAGCCGGUGGUUUUCGAUCAAUAUACAAUGGCAUUUUGCCCGUAAUUGCGGCAAGCAUUCCAAUAGCUGCUACAUUUUACCUCGUUUAUUCGGCCGUCAAUGGAUUCAUUCCAAUCUUUGUCAAUUAUUUUUUUAUUGAAUCAUUCGUAUAUAAUACAGAUGGUACGGCAAAUCCAAAUACAAACUCAGCAUCCUGGAUAUUUUUCGUCAAAUUUUUAAUCAAUUCGAUAGCUGCAUCGCUGGCCGAAAUAACUGCUGGACUUAUUCGUACACCAAUCGAAAUUGUUAAACAAAAGCGUCAAGUGAGUAAAAUACAGUAUCGUGCCAUCGAUAUACUAAUGCAAGCAUUCCGUUCAGAAGGCUUGUGGAAUGGCAUUUAUCGUGGUUAUGGCAUCACAAUUAUGCGAGACAUACCAUUCAGUAUGAUUCAAUAUCCAUUGUGGGAACUACUGAAUGAGAUUACAACGAAAAAUCUCGAAGAAAAUCUGAAAUUAUUUGUGGCCGCGUGUUGUGGAUCGGUUGCCGGUGCUGUUGCAUCAGCUGUUACAACUCCAUUGGACGUUGCAAAGACACGAAUUCAAUUGGCCGAUCUCGAAUCAAAUGCCGACUAUAAUAUUCAGCAUCGAAAUCCAAUACGAAUACUUCGAUCGAUUUACAAACAGAAGGGAAUUUCCGGAAUUUUCAGCGGUUUUGUGCCACGCGUUCUGUGGACAACAAUUGGUGGUUUUAUUUGGUUUGGUACUUAUAAUUUAGUAAAAUAUAUAUUGCAACGGCUGUGAAAUGUUCUUUUUUAAGCCCAUUUUUUGUUUGUUAAUAAUCCAAUAAAACAGAAAUGAAAUGUUUAAAUCAAAGAUUAAUUCGUAAUUGACACAUAGAGGUCAACAAAUCGAUAACCAAAUAGAAAACAAAAACAAUAAAAAAUAAUCGUAAAUUACAUUAGUAUAAGAAUUCGAAAGAUAUAAACAAUAAAGCAAACUACGAGACUUCUUCUUUAAGGGAUUUGUUAUUAGACUUCAUAGGACAGCAAUGUCAUUUCGACACAAUUUAACAAUAAAUAUACGUUUAGAAUUUACCAUGUUUCGAAAUGAGUCUAAUCUAGAGUAGCUUGAUAAUCGCCGAAUCUUAUUGUUAUAUUAA